AUGAAACGCACCCGAAACCGCCUGCCCGUGAGCUGCACUUUUUGCCAUGCCCGCAAGUUGCGCUGCGACCGCAAGACCCCCUGCUCCAACUGCGUCACUCACCAACGCCAAAACUGCAACUAUCUCAAGAAGCACGACAGCAAGAAACAUACCGCAACGGUCAACACGCUGGCGCCGGAAUCUCUGACCCAUAUCGGCGAUGCGCAGAUCUACACGUCGUCAAUCAGUGUAGCGGCUCUGGCUGGGUCGGGAUCACACAGCAACGUGGAGGGAGUAAAGCCGACGCCAAGAGAACAGGACCCGCCCUUCUUGCACAAUGUGUUUCGACUGCUGCAUCAGAGCGCACGCGAGAAAAUCGACACUAACCCGCAUCUAUGGGCCCGCUUGCUACCCUCGAGAGCCCUGUGUGAACAACUGUGUCAACGGUACAUGGACACCAUCAACGUGUUUCAUUUCGCAGUCGGACCAGCCCAACCGCAGCUCUGGAUCAACACCGUCUACUCCAAGGACCCCAGUAAACCGCACACAAACGCUGAAUUGAGAGCCAUGGCCCUGGUGCUGCUCAUGAUGCGUCUGGGACACAUUGCUACCCAUGACGACUGUCCAGACUACUGCGCAGACACAUACCUCGGCCCAAGACUGCAACACAUUGCCGAGUCGUUCCUACAGGCCACAGUGACGCACAAUUCCAUGGCAUUGGAAGGGUUUCAGGCCCUAAUUCUACUCAGAUGCCAUGCCGUCUUCUCACCCCAAAACAUUGACACCGACCAACGAGAUAAUGGAAUCGUGCACUCGUCCAUGUCUCUGGUAUCUACAGCAGUCACCAUGGGCUUGCAUCGAGACCCGUCCGUGUUCAAACUGCCAGACUCGACCGCGGCGCUUUGGAGAGGUCUGUGGUGUCACGUGCUAGUCUGUGAUACGUUCCAUUCACUCAACACAGGAACGCCCCUUUCCAACGUGAUUGACACUUCUGAUGUGCGUAUCCAACAGCUAGAUCUGUCUGCUCUAGCAACCACAGAUGCCGAAAAAACGUACCUGACCCAGUGUGCUCAUUCUCUGUCGCUCUAUACUCGCAUGUGUCGACUGAUGCGCAAAGGUCUGUCCUUCAUCUUCACCCCCUCGGGCCUCACAGACGCAAACUACCAGAUCAUAAUCUCAGACAUUCAGGACUUCCGCUCCAGUCUCAAUCUGCAUAUGGAACAAUGGGUUGUGACGGACGAAAUCAACGCAGCCAAUCGGUUGGUGCUGCUUCUGGGAGCUCUACAACUGCAGUCUCUUAUCAAUAGAGCAUGUCAGGUGCCAGCGAACGAGGCACCCAAGUCGCACCGACGCCUGCUCUUCACAUGCCUGGAAAUCGGCUCGGUAUGCGACUACUUGUCCUCCAACAUGGGCCACUUUAAGUCCUUCUCGUGGCCAAUCAAGGCCAUCUUUCUGCGAGUCUCCACGCUCACUUGUCUUAAUCUGUGCUCCUUGGCAUGGCAAGCCACCAAGAUGAAUGCCACGGACUCAUUGCCGGAGAUCUUUGCCACCUGCGACACUCUUCUUGCCUGGAUUUCGUCCGUUGGCGCUGUCUACGUGACUGCUCACCAGGCACAUGUUCAUUUGACGAGACUCCUGGACAUUGUCAAGAGAGAGCACAAUGUCAGUGUGGACAUGAUGGGUUGGUAUAUGGGAGAUGUGGACUCGCCACUGAUGGAAUGGUUGAUUCAGGCGCCUAGCUUCUAG